UUUUGCACGUGCAUAUCCAGUUGUUCCAACACUAUUUGUUGAAGUCUCUCCUUUCCCAUUGAAUGCUAGCAUUAACAGAUGAACAUUUGCAGCCGAUUUUGGUGAAGCCCAAUUAAGCAAAAUGUUACCCCCUUAAAAGAAUUCCAUUAGUCUCAUCAGUAGACCUGAUAUAUUCAAUCAUUAUUAUUGUAUUUUUAGUUUCGUCAAUAUAAAAUUCGGGAGGGGGCCGGUAUUUCAGGACUGAGGAGAGCGACGGCUUGUGUGGUCACCUAGGGGACCGAGCAGCGACUCACGCGGGAGCUUCUGAUUGGCAGGGGCUAUGAGGGGUCCUCGGCUCUCUCGGAAGGCGCAGUUCUGCGAGUGCCGGGAGCGGGAGGUCCGGCCCCCCGGGGUCAGCGCGGCCCUGGUGAGAAGCAGGCCCGGGAAAGCGGGUGGGAGUUCCGAGCCCUGCAUAUGGGAAGCAGUCGGCCCUGGGCGCCGCCGGCGCAUGCGUAUCGCAGAGCCGAAGCCAGCGCGGCGCGCCCGCCAUUGCUUGGAGGCUUUCGUCAGAGCCCGGCUGGCGCCGGCGGCUGGUCCAACCCCAGGGCCUCGUCACUGGGCGUCAUUGGCUCAGGCAUCAGGGCCCUCAUCACCCUCUCCCGCCUGGGUCCGGACGGGCAGCGGCGGCGGCGGUGUCGUCGUCAGGGGGCGGAGCCGGCCUGGGCGCCCUUUGUCUGUGGAGGCGGUUGCUCAACCUGAAACUGCUCAACCAGGAGGCAGAUCUGAAUAUCAUAGUGAAGUCUGUACAUGAAGGAUUGAUGCCUUUAGGGAGAAAAACGAAUGUAAUAGCCACUUUCAGGAACCUCUGCAUCUCAACUCUGCAUGAACAAGGCAAGAUUCUGAGAGUGGCUGCUCCUGGGAAGCAGAAGUCAUUAUCAUGGAUAUCCACUGGCUCCUGACCCUCUCAUGAGUUGAGGCACCUUUAAUGCCUGGGAGUGGCUGUUUCCUAUAAGGCACUGGGACAAAUCAGCCUUCAGGGACUGACAAGGAUACUGAAGCUGCUAGUACUGGUGUAUCUCCUGACUGUCAUACUAGAAGAGAACAAGGCUUUGGGGACAUUACAACUUAAGAACUGCAAAGAGGUGUAGUCAUCCUGGUGGAGGACUGAAUCCAGUAAUGCCUUCUCAGAAUGCUGUACUUUCCCAGGAGGGAAACAUGGAGAAGGAAAUGAAUGUUGGAUCACAGAUACAGUGGUCUCAGUGAAGCUAUGUGACUCUUGAGGCUGGAUGAUGAAAGCUGGUUCUCUUGGGAGUUUUGCAUUUGGGGUCCAGCUACCAUGCCGUGAGGAAGCCCAAGCAGCCUGUGGAGAGGCCCGUAUGGAGAGAACCUGAGGCCCCUGGUUGAGCUCACAGCUGACAGCCAGCACCAACUUGCCAGCCACAUGAAUGAGCCUCUUAAAAGUGAAUCCUACAGCCCAAAGUUGAGCCGCCCCAGCUGAAACAAAAUGGAACAAAGAUGAGCUAGUCUCACUGAGUCCUGCGCAUGUUACAGAUUCUGAAUCACUGACAUUCCAGGAUGUGGCUGUGGAAUUCACCAGAGAGGAGUGGGACCAGCUAUACCCUGCUCAGAAGAACCUCUACCGAGACGUGAUGCUGGAGAACUAUAGCAACCUGGUUGCACUGGGGCAUGAACUUUAUAAGCCAGAGGUGAUCACUCAGUUGGAGCAGGAGGAGCAGUGGAUGAUGGAGAGAGACAGCCCACCAGACACUCAUCCAGAUGGGGAGAAUAGUCCAGAAAUAAAAAAAUCAAACCAGAAUAUUUCUGAUGAAAAUAAAACCUGUGACAUGCUAAUGGAGAGAUUAACAGGAGACAGUUUCUGGUAUUCCAUCUUAGGUGGACUCUGGGAUUUUGAUUACCGGUUAGAAUCUAACCAAGAAAACCAGCAGAGACAUUUAGGACAAGUAUCUUUCACCCACAAAAAGAUCACACAGGAGAGAAGCCUUGAAUGUAAUAGAUUUGGGGAAAACUAUAAUCUGAACUCAAACCUUGUUAUGCAUCAGAGAAUUCCUUCAAUUAAAAUACCCGUUAAUUCUGACACACAAGGAAAUAGCAUCAAGCAUAUUUCAGACUUCACUUACUAUCAGGGAAACUAUGUAAGAGAGAAUCCUUAUGAAUAUAAUGAGUGUGGAAAAAUCUUCAAUCAACAUAUUCUUCUUACUACUCAUAUUCAUACUGAGGGGAAACCCAGUGAGUGUGGGAAGGCCUUCAGCCAAAACUCAUCUCUUACUCAACCUCAGAUAGUACUCACAGGAGAGAAGCCUUAUAAGUGUGAUGAAUGUGGGAAAAGAUUCAGCCAGAGGAUACAUCUUAUUCAACAUCAGAGAAUUCACACAGGAGAAAAACCUUUUAUAUGCAAUGAAUGUGGGAAAGCCUUCCGUCAACAUUCAUCCUUUACUCAACAUCUGAGAAUUCAUACUGGAGAGAAGCCCUAUAAAUGUAAUCAGUGUGGUAAAGCCUUUAGCCGUAUCACAUCCCUUACGGAACAUCAUAGACUUCAUACUGGAGAGAAACCUUAUGAAUGUAGUUUUUGUGGGAAAGCCUUCAGCCAAAGGACACAUCUUAAUCAGCAUGAGAGAACUCAUACAGGAGAGAAACCCUAUAAAUGUAAUGAAUGUGAAAAAGCCUUCAGCCAGAGUGCACACCUUAAUCAACAUAGGAAAAUCCAUACUCGGAAGAAAUUAUGUGAAUAUAAUAAAUGUGAGAAAACCUUAAGCCACAGUCCUUCACUUACUCCUCAGCACAUAACUCAGAAUUUUUAGCUUUGUUCUGGCGGGGGUGGGGGUGGGGUAAGGGACUCAUAUGAAUAUAUAAAUGUAGGAAAAUUUUGGUCAGACCUUUUCAUCCCAUGCAAUAUCAUAUUAUUCAUAGUGGGGAGAAAGGUUAUAGAUAAACUUUUAAUGUGUAGAAGCCAAAUAAAUUUAGACCUUAAACUAGUAGCAUAUUAUGUUCCCAGGACAGGUUAUAAGUAGUGAAAGUAAUUUAUUUUAUAAACAAGAUUAUAUGAGGAGUCAUGUUUUAAAACUUUUCUUAAUGACCAGAAAUCCUGUAGGCAAUAACCUAUGAUUAUUCCCCUCUGAUUUUUAUAGCAUAAAGUUUUUAAAUUAUAUAAACACUGAUUAAUCAAGGCAAUGAUAUAGUAUAACCAGUCACAUACACUUGAAAUCAAUAGAAAAGAGCAAUAUUUCUUAAACUUCAGUCAUUUGUAUGCAUCCUUUACAGAUUUUACCAUAUUCAGUGUUUACUUAAUAUUUUCCUUUAAAGGGACUCAGAAUUUUUAGCCUUGUCCUAGGAAAUAUUAUUUAUGGAAAUUGUGAGUUCUGUAUGCUAAUUAUAUUCUAAUUUCCAUCAAAAUAAAUAUAUAACUUUGAAAUUGAAAAUAUCCAUUGGUGUACCACCUAAGUCUUCUGACCAUUUUUUGAGAAGCCAUGUGAGAGGAUAUGGCAGUAUUAUGUUAUUUUUUAGGAAUCCUUGCAUUAUUUUCAUCAAAUGGGUCCUAGGAUCUUCAAGAAGAGUCUUGGAGGAGACUGAGGGUCAUAUUGAUGAACUUUGAAAAGUGAUUCAGAGAAGUCUACUUUUCUAUCCUAUUAUUCUAGUUUUAAAGUUCCCUGUAGCAAACAUAGAUUUUUGAACUAAAAUUGUCAUUUCUGUUAUUACUGCAGAUUUGAAUAGAGAGGAGGUUUUAUUUUAUAAUGACAGGGGCUUUAUAAGAAUUCCUACACCUCCCUGCACCACUGUGGAAGACAGAAGUAGAGUACCAUAAAAGAGGAUGACUGGUGGUGCCACACUGAUGCUAAGAACCAGGGAAGAGCCUUACUGGCUUAUAUAAACAACUAAGGAAGUGUUACUAAUUGGCUUAUUAAUUCAUUUUAUUUAUUGAAAUAUAUUUAUGUACCACCUUUUUCCAAAAAGAAUUUAAGGUGUUUUAAUUUGAUUUUUAUGAUUACUGCCUUGUUUGACAGAAAUCACUUUUUGACAUUACAAAGCAUAAUAAAUAUAAACUGUCACAAGCCAUGAAUAGCUGCAACUAGGAGGCUGCUUCUGUUUCUUGGCUUUCUGUUUUUCUCUUGGUCUUCUCAGGCACGGCUGAAGAAGCCAUGAGGCUAAGUAAGAAUGCAGUCCCCUUGCUUUCUCACCUUCCUUCUAACAUAUCUCCCAGCUCAAGACUUGCCAUUUUUUUUUUCCCUGUGAAGGACUAGAUAUCAUAGGCCUUAAGUGAAAGCUGGAAUGAUUUAAAAUUUUUUUAAACUUAAAACACUAAAAACCAAGAAAGUAAUGAAAUGAAUUCAUUUCACCAUGGAAGUUAAACUUUUCAAAGUACAUUUAUGUCCCAUGCAUCAGUGGAUGAAAUAGUUAAUAAAACCCCAAGUUACUGUAGUCAUGGAGGAUUUCUAAUAAUAUUUUGUGUUCAAAUAUCUGUGAAAUGGAGAUCCAUUGUCAAGACAGAUAAGUUCUGGAAGUGUCUUUUCACCAAAAGGAUCUACACUGAACAUUUAUUUACCCUAAGGAGGCAGAGUAUAAAGCACUCAGGUUUCAGGAAGAGAGAGUGAGCCAAGGCAAAGUCUCAGAUAGCAGAGGUAUGUAUGAAAAGAAUUAAUGGUUAAUUACAAUUGGUGAAGCCUUUGAUCAAAGUUUAAUUUUGCAACCAGAGGGGGGAAAAAAGCUGAAUAAUCCACAAAGAGUGCUAAGGGCUUCAAUACAAGGCAGUGUAUCUCAGCACAGGGGAAGAAGGAGAGCAGUGUGGGAUUUUUCAGGAGAGGAUCAGCAGAAUUUGGACAAUUUCAGAAAAGAGGAGUCGGGACUGAAGAAGACCAGUUGGCCAUGGAUUUUCAGCAAUUCUUCAUAAAUAGGAAUUAUAAAAUUAGAAGCCUAUUAUAUAUCCUUAGGGUCAUAAAUGAUUAUGCUUAUGUUAACUGUACAGUAAACUGUGUCAUUCUGGUGCGAAUUCGUUCUCAUGUCCUUUGUUGUCUUCAACAUGUUCCAAGUUACGUGAAUCCUAAGUAUAUUUAUUACAUCAAAAUUCAAGGAAGCCAUAGGAGUAGUACUCAUUCAGAAACCUGUUGGUAUGAUUUAUUUCUGUCUAGGAGGGCAAGAUAUUACCCUUUUACAUAUAUUAAUUCAUUUGGUCCAUCCAACCAGGUGUUGUUGCCUUUUUUUUUAUGAAAAGAGAUACUUCAGCUUAGACAUAAUAAUAAGUGAUUUAUUAUUCAGGGUUUCUUGGACUGAAAUGUCACUAGAACAUGGAUCAUGUUACUCUAAUCCAGUGGAUACAAACAGUGCCUGGAACAGUGUUUUAUAGCACUCUGAAAACAUUUGAUAACUAUAUUAAAAUUAAUAAAAUGAGAGAUUGCUGCUCAACACAAAAAUUCAUAUGACUCUUUCUCUGAACCUCAGAGUAUAAAAGGAUUACCAUGUUGAUAGAUUCUCUUAUGUCCAAAGGGCUUAUGGGUUGGAGAAAAAUACUCAUCUGGAUUUUGAUUAAUGUUCAAUUUAUUAAUUUAAGGAAACAACUGACAUUCUUUAAGCAGCCAACAUUCCUCUAAUUAUUCAUAGAUGUGCAAAUAAUAAAAACUUAAGAAUUUCUAAAAUUAGAUAUCCCUACUCUUUUAAACACUGAUCAGAUUUAAACACAUGUAAACAUUUCAUUAAAAUCACAAACCUAGGGCUUCCCUGGUGACACAGUGGUUAAGAAUCUGCCUGCCAAUGCAGGGGACACGGGUUCGAGCCCUGGUCCGGGAAGAUCCCACAUGCUGCAGAGCAACUAAGCCUGUGCACCACAACUACUGAGCAUGCACUCUAGAGCCCGUGAGCCACAACUACUGAACCUGCGUGCCACAACUACUGAGGCCCACGUGCCUAGAGCCUGUGCUUCAUGACAAGAGAAGCCACUGCAAUGAGAAGCCUGUGCACCGCAACGAAGAGUAGCCCCUGCUCGCCACAACUAGAGAAAGCCCACGCGCAGCAAUGAAGACCCAACAUAGCCAAAAAUAAAUAAAUAAAAUAAAUAAAUUUUUUUUUUAAUUUCAAAUUUUAUUAAGUGCCUUAAACACAUUAAGAAACAGGUAAGAGGUAUCCAGAUUAUAAAAAUAAUUAUACUGAAACUAGUUAUAAAAAUGUUAACUCUGGGCUUCCCUGGUGGUGCAGUGGUUAAGAAUCCGCCUGCCAGUGCAAGGGACACAGGUUCGAGCCCUGGUCCGGGAAGAUCCCACAUGCCGCAGAGCAACUAAGCCUGUGCUCCACAACUACUGAGCCUGCACUCUAGAGCCCAUGAGCCACAACUACUGAAGCCCGCAUGCCACAACUACUGAAGCCCGCGUGCCACAACUACUGAAGCCCACGUGCCUAGAGCCCAUGCUCCGCAACAAGAGAUGCCACCACAAUGAGAAGCCCACGCACCGCAACAAAGAGUAGCCCCCACUCGCCACAACUAGAGAAAGCCCGCGUGCAGCAGUGAAGACCCAACACAGCCAAAAAUAAUAAAUAAGAUAAAUAAAUUUAUAAAAAAAUAAAGUUAAAUCCAUGGACUUGAUGUUUUUAUCCUUAUUUGAAUAUUUUCCCAGGGUUCCAAUUUUCAUAUGUUCCUAGGUUUACGUUUUUCUACCAGGUAUUAUUUGUCUACCUUCCUCAGAUUUUAGUAAUCUUAUUCAACCCAAAAUAAGAAUAAUACUGUAACAGACAAAUUAAGUUGAAAUUUAUGGGUUAGCAACUGUCUGAUCUUUAGUUAGGUCAUCCAUAAAACCUAGUUGCACAGACCAAAUAUUCUUUGGUCUCGUUUUAUAACAAAAUAUCACUUGUUAUGUCAUGGGACAUUUUAAGACCCUACUUUUAUAUAGAUUGUAAAUUUUUGACACUUGAACUUUCCCAUAACCAUCUGGCCCAUUGGCCUGUCAUUAUGGUAUGGUGAUCUCGCUGGCUAGCAUUAUUUAAAGCUUUUAUGUGCAUCAUUAGGAUAAUUAAUGAGGCUAUCCAGCUCCUUCCGGAAGAAUGCAAGUUUUGUUGUCAGUUUUCCUCUAUAGAACAUUUGGCUACUUCAUCAUUUUGCAACAUACUGCAACCAACUUUCUGCUUGUUUACUGUAUGUAACUGUUAGAGGUGAUUAACUGUUGAACCAUCUCUCUACUUGGUCUGAGUGACUGUCUGGUUCUUCCUAUUUCUUGAUAUGGUUCAACAUUUUCCAGGAUUAUCUGGCUUGCCCAACACCCCUUUGUUUCUUCUUAACUGAUUAAACAGGAACAAAUACAUAUAUACACAUACAUGCAUGUAUAUAUAUGUAUAUAUGUACAUAUGCACAUACUUAGCAAGAAAUAUAUAUAUUACUUUUUAAGAUCAGUAUUGAAUUAUACAUACCAUUUACAAUCAUCCUUUUAUGACUGUUAUAACACACUUGACUUGAGCAUCAUUAUGAACACUUGGCCUCUUACAUAACAAGCAAUUCCAAUUAACCAUUUUUUUAAAUGCUCAAAUUGUGAGAACUUGGCCAGUGGAAGCUGCAUUAAGCUAGCUUCUUUUAACUCUUAGCACUUUAUCUGUUAUCUGUAAACACGUUCUCAUUUUUGGAGGUAAGGUGGUCCAAACCCAUUCCAAAAUUUUCACUGCUCCAAGAUGUGAGUAUACUGUCUUUUUUUUUGGCCGCGCUCAGCAUGUGGGAUAAAGUUCCCCAAUCAAGGAUCGAACCUGCACCCCAUGCAGUGGAAGUGUGGACUCUUAACCACUAGACUGCUGGGCAACUCCCAAGAUGUGAGAAUAGAUUCCUCCUCCACCUCCUGCCCAAAGAGUUUUAGAUUCUUUUAGUACAGAGUAGUAGAAAAGACCAAAAUCUGGGCACUAGGGAUGUCCGUGACCAUUGAGAGUGAGCAAAAGUCCUGCUGCUAUACAGCCACUGCUAUCAGGACACUUUUUAGACUUUAUAGAAAACCUUCAAAACUCCACCAAAAGCUAUUAGAACUAAUAAAUGAAUUCAGUAAAGUUGCAGGAUACAAGAUUAAUAUACAGAAAUCAUUGCAUUUCUAUACACUAAUGAUCUAUCAGAAAGAGAAAUCAAGAAAAGAAUCCCACUUAAAAUCACAUCAAAAAGAAUAAAAUACAUAGGGAAUAAAUUUAACCAAGGAUGUUAAAUACCUAUACUCUGAAAACUAUAAGAUACUCAUGAAGGAAAGUGAAGAUGUUACAGAUAAAUGGAAAGACGCCCUGUGUUCAUGAAUUGGAAGAAUUCAUAUUGUUAAAACGUCCAUACUACCUGCAGAAAACUAUAAGAAGACACUGAUGAAAGAAAUUAAAGUUGAUACAAAUAGAUGGAGAGAUAUACCAUGUUCUUGGAUUGGAAGAACCAACAUUGUGAAAAUGACUAUACUACCAAAAGCAAUCUACAGAUUCAGUGCAAUUCCUGUCAAACUACCACUGGCAUUUUUCACAGAACUAGAACAAAAAAUUUCACAAUUUGUAUGGAAACACAAAAGACCCUGAAUAGCCAAAGCAAUCUUGACAAAGAAAAAUGGAGCUGGAGUAAUCAGGCUCCCUGACUUCAGACAAUGCUACAAAGCUACAGUAAUCAAGACAGUAUGGUACUGGCAGAAACAAAAACAGAAAUAUAGAUCAAUGGAACAGGAUAGAAAGCCCAGAGAUAAACCCAUGCACAUACGGUUACCUUAUUUUUGAUAAAGGAGGAAAGAAUAUACAGUGGAGAAAAGACAGCCUCUUCAAUAAGUGGUGCUGGGAAACUGGACAGCUACAUGUAAAAGAAUGAAAUUAGCAGACUCCCUAACACGAUACACAAAAAUAUACUCAAAAUGGAUUAAAGACCUAAAUGUAAGGCCAAACACAAUCAAACUCUUAGAGGAAAACAUAGGCAGAACACUCUUUGACGUAAAUCACAGCAAGAUCCUUUUUGACCCACCUCCUAGAGAAAUGGAAAUAAAAACAAAAAUAAACAAAUGGGACCUAAUGAAACUUAAAAGCUUUUGCACAGCAAAGGAAACCAUAAGACGAAAAGACAACCCUCAGAAUGGGAGAAAAUAUUUGCAAAUGAAGUAACUGACAAAGGAUUAAUCUCCAACAUAUGCAAGCAGCUCAUGCAGCUCAAUAUCAAAAACACAACCAAUCCAGAAAUGGGCAGAAACAGACAUUUCUCCAAAGAAGAUAUACAGAUUGCCAACAAACACAUGAAAGAAUGCUCAACAUCAUUAAUCAUUAGAGAAAUGCAAAUCAAAACUACAAUGAGAUAUCAUCUCACACCAGUCAGAAUGGCCAUCAUCAAAAAAUCUACAAACAAUAAAUGCUGGAGAGGGUGUGGAGAAAAGGGAACUCUCUUGCACUGUUGGUGGGAAUGUAAAUUGAUACAGCUACUAUGGAGAACAGUAUGGAGGUUCCUUAAAAAACUAAAAAUAGAACUACCAUACGACCCAGCAAUCCCACUACUGGGCAUAUACCCUGAGAAAACCAUAUGUACCACAAUGUUCAUUGCAGCUCUAUUUACAAUAGCCAGGACAUGGAAGCAACCUAAGUGUCCAUUGACAGAUGAAUGGAUAAAGAAGAUGUGGCACAUAUAUACAAUGGAAUAUUAGCCAUAAAAAGAAACAAAAUUGAGUUAUUUGUAGUGAGGUGGAUGGACCUAGAGUCAUACAGAGUGAAGUAAGUCAGAAAGAGAAAAACAGAUACUGUAUGCUAACACAUAUAUAUGGAAUCUAAAAAAAAAAAAAAAUCAUGAAGAA